GUUCUAUCACAGAUUUGAGUGUCUACAGACUUUUUACUUACACUAAAUCAUUAUUGAAAACAAUCAACUAUGAUUGUAUUGUAACCUAACGACAGAAUUUAAGAUUUUAUAGGUUUGCUAUGUAGUUUACACGCUAGCUGCAUGGCGAGUUUUGACGAAAAGGCUUUGGGAUUGUUGACGGAAUUUGAAAGGUUUACUCGCGAACAACAAUCUGAGCUUCUUAAACGGUUGUUGUUGAAAUGCCAGCCUUUGCAGUUGCGUGUUCUUUACGCUGAACUGAAGCCCUUGCUGGCAAUCGACUUUGCGUCAAAUCUACCAAAGGAGGUCACCCACCGAAUCUUGUCCUAUCUACCGGCAAAGGAACUUUGCCGGAUUGCCAGGUGCAAUAGUUUAUGGCGAGACAGGGCAAACCAUAAUCCAAUAUGGCACAAGUUAUGUCAACUGAGAGGCUGGGAAAAGUUUGGUGAAAACCAGCCAUUGUCAUUGGACAACUCAACAGUUUACACUAUAGACAGGCCGACUUCACCAUCCUGCAAAACUCCACCCCCUGCGUUCUCCACAGGCAUGCUUCAGCCACCCACUUGCCGAUGGAAAACAAUAUAUAUCCGGGCCUACUACCUGCAAAAAAACUGGGAGACUGGGAACUAUACUAUUGCCCCUAUUCUUAGAGGCCACAGGGAACCCAUAAAUGAUAUAGCAUGCAAUGGUAGAGUACUAGUCUCUGCUGGUUCCGACAAUUGUGCUCGUGUCUGGGACAUCAAGGAGGCCAGGUGCACCCAUGUCUUGGACACGCCCCACACUGACUCUGUGCGCUGUGUUCAACUUGUGCCUCCAAAAUGUGUAACUGGCUGUGCUGAUGGUGUGGUAAGAAUAUUCAAUGUCAACACUGGUGCAUGCAUAAGAACUCUGUCGGGGCAUUCAGGAGGGAUAGAGAAGCUGUGCUUUGAUGGAAAAAUUAUAGCAAGUGCAGCAACAGACAAAAACGUUUGCAUUUGGAAUGCCAAUAGUGGAAAGUUAUUACAAACUCUCAGAGGCCACACAGAUGAGAUUGAGUUUUUAGUGAUGAGGAAAAGUUAUGUGAUCAGCACUUCAUGGGAUGAGAGCAUCCGGUUAUGGGACACCACUAGUGGCACUUGCUCACUCACGCUUAGAGGCCAUUCAGAAGUUGCCUAUUGUUGUCAGUUUGAUGAUGAGAAAGUCGUCACGGGCGGUGGUGAUAAUCUCAUUAUGGUGUGGAGUGCACAUACCGGCGAGUGCACAGCUACUCUCAGUGGUCACACAGGGGAGGUGUACUGUUUGGCAUUCAAUGAUGAGAUUAUCGCCUCUGGCUCGGCUGAUAGUUCAGUCCGUAUCUGGUCUUUUCGAGGGGUCUGUCUUUUUACUCUCGAGGAACACAUUGGCGUUGUAAGGUGUCUCCAUUUGAGUGGUGAUAGACUGGUGUCUGGUGGAGAUAGGAAAAAGAUUGCUGUCUGGAAUACAAAGUCUGGGAAACUGCUGAAUGUUGUUCAUCGCAACCCAACUCUUCUACACAAACUGUGGGCAGACGAGACCAAACUUAUCACGGCAUCCCCCGAGAAGCCAGGAACCAUCACGAUCAUUAACUAUUGGUAGGAUCCACAAGGAAUAUCAUGCCAUAUUCAACAGCAGCUAGCACGAUUGGACCAGGAAAUGGAAUCAUUGCAUCCCGUUGGUUGGCCAAGUAUCCUUACAAACGCUUUCUAGUUUUAGGGCCGUAGCAGGGGUGGGGCACUGGGGGCAUUUGCUCCCCCCUCCCAUACUUUCAAAAAUUACAAGGAAUUGACCAGUAGGGGCGUGGCUGUGCCCCCCCAAUAUUUUCUUAAUGUUUCUGUAUUGUCCCCCCCCCCCCCCCCCCACAAUAUUUGAGGCAUGCUACGGCCUUGAGUUUUGAGGUGAAAAAGAUAUUAAUGUGUGACUAACAUGGAAGCACGCCAGAACAUGCCCGGUCCGCCCAUCACUUGCAACAGCCAGUGGAAAUAACAUUUAUUGUACACAAAGUAAUAAUUUCCUUUUGAUCCUUGAAAAUAUGGGAGAGAGGGGGGGGGAUAGAUGUUAUCGCCCCUGCUACUACCAUGAGAGGGAAGAAUGCGUGCGUGUGUAAGGUUGUACCAAACUUACAAUGUGUAGUGCAAAAUUAACAAAUAAAUCGUUUUACAUUUU